AACAAAAAAAUAAAGAGAGAAAUUGAGAUCUCGAUCAUUCGAAAGCAAAAGAGGAAAUUGCCAUGGACGCCAUUGAUUCCGUAGUUGAUCCUCUCAGAGACUUCGCUAAAGAUAGCAUUCGUCUCGUUAAGCGUUGCCACAAGCCAGAUCGCAAAGAAUUCACGAAAGUGGCUGUUCGUACUGCGAUUGGGUUUGUAGUGAUGGGAUUCGUUGGCUUCUUUGUGAAACUCAUCUUUAUUCCAAUCAACAACAUCAUCGUCGGCGCUACUUAGAAAGCAAAGGACACAAAGUCAGGUUCUAUGUUUUGAGGAAAGUAAGAUUAGAGGUUUUUCUUGUUUCAAGUGUUUUGUGUAAUCGGAUUCCUUUUGUUUUAAUGUUCUUUUUUGUUCUUUUUUUUUUGGGUUAACAAUUGAGAAAAACAACAAAAAAUCAGACUUGUUUUGAAUGUAGAACAAACUAAUUUAGUAAGUUAUGGUUGAGGACCUCAAGAGUCCAAUGGCUCUGCCACUUGGUCCC